UUCCGAGUCCGCUCGAGCCCCGAUCCAGCGAGUGCGUCGAGUUGGACCGGGGAAUAGGAAAACUUUCGUACUGUUUUUAUCCACCUAAAACACUCGGGUUGAGAACAGGACACGGACCUGCCUUGUCGUUUAGACUCUUCUAACGAAUUAAUGAGGUUUUUCUUGUGCGCAAUGGGCGUUUACAGCGUAACAUCAGCGCUUUAUUCCCAACAGGGUCUUUUACCCAAACAUGUGGAAAAGCAACUCCAGUGUGAUGUUGAAGCUGAUCUGAGGAGAUUUCUCUAGAUGUUGGCUGGGGUAGUGAAAUUAUGGCAACACAUUGGAGGAAUUCAGGCGACGAGGAUGAGCCGAAUUACGCUGGCGGAUCUCCGCAUUGCGAGGAUGUGGUGGAUCAGGAUGAUUCUUCAGGAGUGCUCUUCCAGCUGGAGGAAGAGCCAUUUUCCUGGCCAGGGCCUAAGACGAUUCGUCUGCGUCGCACUUCACAAGGCUUCGGUUUCACUCUGCGUCACUUCAUUGUGUACCCACCAGAGUCUGCAGUGCACUCCAAUUUUAAGGAUGAAGACCAUGGUCAUAGAGGGAGACCACGGAACAGACUGGAGCCCAUGGACACGAUCUUUGUGAAGCAGGUCAAAGAGGGAGGGCCCGCUCACAGCGCCGGACUCUGCACUGGGGACAGGAUCGUGAAAGUGAACAGCGAGAGCAUCAUUGGGAAGACGUACUCCCAGGUCAUAGGGCUCAUCCAGAAUAGUCAUACAUUUUUGGAGUUGUGUGUAAUGCCAAAAGAUGAAGAUAUACUACAGCUGGCCUAUUCCCAAGAUGCCUACCUUAAGGGUCAUGAUGCAUACAGUGGAAAUGCCCGCCAUAUCCCGCAGCCACCCCCUAUAUGUUACCCUCGAGUAGACUGUAAGCCCCCGGGGAUGGCCCAGGCCACUGAGACAUUAGCCCCGGGGGUUGGACCAUCUGAUCUAGGAUAUCGUGUGGAGAUAUCAGUACCUCCCUCCCCUCCACCACCCAUUCCAAAGACACAGACUGCGGUGUGUGUGUGCAAUGAAAGUGUUCGGACAGUGGUGUUACCUCCUGAUGUUCCCAUGGGCCGUAUGGUUCCCGGUCAUAGGGGGGACUAUGGUCUAGUAGGGCCAGAGCCAAUGCUGAUUAGAGCCAGGCCUGGUACAGUGUCUGGUGGUCGUCCGCCAUACCUUCACCCUCGCAAAGCUGACAUGUUCCCUUCAGGUUACCAUGGUGAUCAUUAUGCCAUUCCACCUACACACUAUGUGCCUGCUUCCUCCAUCAACUCCCCUGCUACCCACCAGAACAUAGAUUGGCGGACUUACCAGACAUACCGGGAAUAUAUCGACAAUAAAGGUCUUCACACUUACAGUCGGACUAUUCAAGAGCGUUUAGACAGCCUGCGAACUGCAUCACAAAGUGUCCACGGUGGCCCUCACUGUGGACACCAACCUGGAUGGGGCAAUAAGUUACGCCGCAGAAGCACGUCUCAUGAGCGGGCUUACCAGGGCCCGUCUGUGCUUCCUCCACGCAGCGCUUCACAAGAUAGGAUGAGUGGGGCGGAGAGAGCAGCCCAAGCCAGGGACUGGCCUCCUCGUAGUGUGUCCUCUGACGGCCUCAUGCGGCAGCCCCGCAUUCAUUCGUCAGACUAUGUGGAACAUGAACUAGUUUCUGCCGCACCGUGGGCCGGUGUGGAUAGGCCGCUGUAUGGCAGAGUAGACCAGAGGAGUCGUCCUAGUAGACAGUCUCUCCCACCAAGGGCGGUCCUUUAUCGUCCCCCAACAGGGUAUGGUAUGAACAUCAGGGGUGUUCCUGGCUCCCUUAGGCACAGCUCCAGAACGGACAUCCCACCCACUGCUGGUUUUACAGAGCGACCUCGUAAUGGAGUAAACCAGGCCAAAGAGCCUCCUUCCAAAGACCAAAGCGGAACUGUUGUUGGAAAUCGUAUUUCUAAUUCUGCUUCAAACCAAUCAAGAACUAGGGCUGAAACCAUGCAGAUCCCAGAAACUGGGAAGGAGAAUCCAGUGGGAUAUAGAUCUGCAUCUUACUCGACUCCCCCUCCUCAGAGGCCACAGGGUGAGGCAUCAGCUCAGAGAACUCAUUCACGGGAUGUCAAGGGUUUACCGGUAAACGGGUCCAGUUCAGUAGAAGGCGUAGUCCUCCGGGAGAAGCCCCCAAUAGGGAAGGGGACCCCACAACCGCUUCGCCAUCCCUCAUACAUCCUUGCAGUGAAUGACACGGAUGUGUCUGAGCCGACAGGGGGUGGUGUCUGCUGGUUGCCCAACGAUGCGCGCCGGGAGAUGCACUUGCAGAGACUAGGGGAGCGGCUUGACUCCUCCUUCUGCUCCAGUAACCUGGACGAAUCACUUGACUCCAUUCCCUUCAUCGAUGAGCCAGCCAGCCCUAGUGUAGACCAUGAUGGCAACCACAUUCCUGCAUCGGCUGUGAUCUCUGGAGCUCAGGCUGCAAUCUCUGACAGCCCGAGCCCUACCACCCCUAGUCCCCUCAUGCGACGGCAAAUGUCUCAUGACCAAGAGUCUCUCAGAAAUGCCAUUCUGCAAUCAGGAACCAAAACAGAGCGCUCAAAAUCAUACGAUGAGGGUCUGGACAACUACCGGGAGGAAGGACGUGGACGAUCCAGCAAACCGAGUCUAAGUGUUUUCAGGAAGGCACUUGAUGGCCAUAAAUCUGAUGACUCCAGCUCCAGAAGAGACUCGUCCACUGAGAUCUUCAGUGAUUCCACCAAGGAGGGUUUGCUGCAUUUCCGACAGCUCAACACGGAGAAGGGCAAGCGAGUAGGAGGUGGUAUGCGGCCAUGGAAACAGAUGUAUUCAGUGCUGCGUGGACACUCCUUAUACCUCUAUAAGGACAAAAAGGAGGGGCUUGCUCAUGUCAACUCCCAACUGGAGGAUGAGCCUCAAUCAAUCAGCAUCAAGGCCUGCUUGAUUGACAUCUCCUACAGUGAUACAAAGCGCAAGAAUGUCCUACGGCUAACGACUUCAGACUGCGAGUAUCUGUUUCAGGCAGAGGGCCGAGAGGACAUGCUUUCCUGGAUAAGAGUCAUUCAAGAAAACAGCAACCUGGACGAGGAGAACGCUGCCGUAACCAGCACUGACUUGAUCAACAGAAAGCUUAAGGAGUAUAUAUCCAUGAGUGCACCCAGCAGUAAGACUGAGCCGUCACCCAAGACCUCACGACAGUCUCUCAGCAUUAGACACACUCUGCUGGGUGGCAGCAGUAAGAGUCAGAGCCCCUACUCGCCCAGGAACGAACAGGAGAGGAGCAAAGAUGACUCCAGUCCUCCGAGAGAUAAAGCCGCUUGGAGGAGAGGAAUCCCAGGCCUGAAGAAGAAGCCACAAGAUAAGAGACCCGCUGCUGGUGUCACGUUUGGAAUGCGACUGGAUAAUUGCCCCCCUGCACAAAACAACAGAUUUGUACCUUUGAUCGUGGAGGUGUGUUGUAAGCUGGUGGAGGAGAGAGGGCUAGAGUACACAGGCAUUUACAGAGUCCCUGGAAACAACUCUGCCAUCUCGAGCAUGCAGGAGGAGCUAGACACCAAAGGCAUGACGGACAUUGAUAUCCAGGAUGACAAGUGGCGAGACCUCAAUGUGAUCAGCAGUUUGCUUAAGUCCUUUUUCAGGAAACUUCCUGAGCCUCUGUUUACUAAUGAAAAAUAUUCCAACUUUAUUGAUGCCAAUCGAAUGGAGAACCCUGUUGAGCGGUUGAAAGCACUGAAGAGACUGAUACAUGAAUUGCCAGACCAUCAUUAUGAAACGCUUAAGUACCUCUCUGGACAUCUAAAAACGGUCUCUGAAAACUGUGAGAAAAACAAGAUGGAGCCACGUAACUUGGCCAUCGUGUUUGGCCCAACCCUUGUCAGAACCUCUGAAGACAACAUGACGCACAUGGUCACGCACAUGCCUGAUCAGUACAAGAUCGUUGAGACUCUCAUUCAGCAAUAUGAUUGGUUCUUCACAGAAGAUGGAGAUGAAGAGCCAACGACCACCAUGGAGCAAGAGAGCACCGUUCAGUCUCAGCCUGUGCCCAACAUUGACCAUCUGCUGACCAACAUUGGCCGCACUGCUCCAUCGCCCGGUGACGUCUCAGAUUCAACCACCAGUGACUCUGCCAAAUCAAAGCAGGGUUCCUGGGGAUCUGGUAAGGAUCAAUAUAGUAGAGAUCUGUUGCGUUCUUCCAUCUUUGCUAGCCGCAAACGCAAAAAGCCCAAGGACAAGCCUCAGCCAAGCAGCUCCGAUGAUGACCUGGAUGCUUGUUUCUCCAAAAUGAAUCUUCCAGUGCAAAAUGAUCCAAAUUGGCCUGCUGAUGAUCAAACCGAAGAUGCUGAGAGUGAAGUUGGGCUCGAUGACCAAAUAGAAAGGACUGAGGAUGAUGACCAAAGCCCAGGAGAGAGUCUUGACCUCACUUCUGAAAACAAGCAGCUCAUCUCUGAACACUUGCCCCGACAAACUUGUCCCUCACCGAAAAUCAUUUCAUCACCCAAACCUAGUUAUCACAUGCAGUUGACUCGCCAAAGUUCCCUGUCCGAUCCUCCCUCCAACUAUGAUGAUGGUUGUGUCUCAGAUCUGGGCACACUUAACAGCACCAGUUCCCAGGCGUCCGUACCAAGGAUGAGGCACGGGAGAACCCCCGGCCACUGGAUGGAGAAUACAGGAAUGGGGCCAGGAGCAGAAGUCUGCUCUAUCACAUCAGAUUACUCCACCACCUCCUCCAUGACUUUCCACACAGGGGUGGAGUCCGUUGCCCUCAGUCCAGAGGUGCAGUCUGUUGCCGAAAGUCGCGGUGAUGAUGCUGACGAUGAAAGAAGUGAACUCAUCAGUGAGGGACGGCCAAUGGAGACUGACAGUGAGAGCGACUUAUCAGUCUUUGCCGGUGGCCGAGAAAGCGGGCCAACUGAAGAUAGCGUCCAACUGGAGGGCGGUGUCACACCUUCGCAGGAUGUACCAAACCUCAUCCCCUCCCAUCGAAUCAUCGCAUGCGAUACCCUGGCACGCAAGAGGGGGAGUCGGCAGAAGACCGACAGCGAGUCUUCGGCAGAUGGGAGCAGAAGCGACAAGGAGUCUUGUCGACUAUCACGAGUCCUGGAUGCAGUCAAGGGCCGUUCCACCGGUAGUCUUAGCUCUUCCUCUCGCAGCGAAUCCGAGCGCGUCGAACCCAUGUGGCGAAUCAAAAUCACCGACCGGUUGAAAUGCCGACUGCGGACAUCAGCUGACGACAUGUUCGGGGUGGGUUCCCAGCGCACCAGGUCCCCCGAGACUCGAAGUAAACGGAAAAGCAAUAUCCGCCGCAGGCACACCAUGGGUGGUCAGCGGGACUUUGCCGAGUU